AUGGCAUGGUUCAAAGAGGGUGAUAGGAACACUAAGUUCUUUCAUGCUCAAGUGAAUGGUCGAAGAAAAAGAUUGCAGCUUAAGAGGAUACAAAACAACAUGGGCAACUGGAUAGAUGAGGAAGAUCAAAUACCAGAAGAAGUUGUCAACUUUUUUAAGGAUCAAUUCUGUGAAAUUGAGGUUCCUACUGAAUUUUGCAUCAUUGACCAUGUGCCUUGGUUGAUAGAUGAAGAGCAGAAUGCAAAGUUAAUCAGUAUGCCUACAAGAGAAGAAAUUAAACAUGUUGUUUUAGGCCUUAAUGGGGAAUCUGCAGGUGGUCCAGAUAGUUUUAUAGGUGCAUUUUACCAUUCAUGCUGGGACAUCAUUGGAGAGGAUAUCUUUCGUAUGGUUACUGCAUUCUUCUAUGGCGGGCAGCUUCCAAAAUGUGUUACACAUACCAAUCUGGUACUCUUACCAAAGAAAAAGGAAAUAGUAAGCUUUUCUGAUAUGAGGCGUAUAAGUUUAAGUAACUUCGCCAACAAGAUAUUCUCAAGAGUGAUUCACAACAGGUUGGUAGAGUUACUUCCUAACUUGAUCUCUGAAGAACAAGCAGGGUUUGUGAAAGGGAGAAGUAUUAUCAAAAAUGUGUUAUUAACUCAAGAAAUAAUCACAGAUAUCAGGCUAAGUGCAAGAGCUGGACCAAAUGUAGUGAUUAAGCUUGACAUGAUGAAAGCAUAUGAUACACUAUCAUGGUUAUUCUUGACUAAGAUGUUGAGGAAACUGGGAUUUUGUCAAAGAUUCAUUGGAUUGAUUUAUGAUAUUGUGGGUAAUAACUGGUAUUAUGUGCUCUUAAAUGGACUACCUCAUGGAUUUUUCAAGUCUUCAAGGGGGUUGGUGAUGGAGGUCCUGUGUGCAUAUGAAGUUGCAUCUGGGCAGAAGGUAAACAAAGGCAAAUCAAUUGUGUAUAUGCACCAUUCUACUAAUUUGGAAGUGGUUAGGAAGGUCGAGAGGAUCACUGGCAUUAUGAGCUCUAUUGGAGGCAACAGUAGGCAUUGGUCAUCAUGGAACACUCUUUGUAUGCCAUGUGAGGAAGGUGGAAUAGGCUUUAGAUCGUUGCAUGAUGUAACUAAAGCACUUUUCUGCAAGUUGUGGUGGAAUUUUCGAACAAAACCAAGCCUUUGGAGUUUAUUUAUGAGCCAGAAGUAUUGCAAAAAACUCAUUGCAAUAAUUGUUCCAUGGAGGAAAGGAUCACAUGUUUGGAGGAAGAUGUUAGAAUGUAGAGACAUCAUAGAGCACCAGAAUAAGUGGCAUCCAAAAAUGGGAUCCUCCCUCUUUUGGUUUGAUAAUUGGACAGGAUUGGGUGCUUUGUACUUUUUUGUUCCAUCUGAGUUUGGGAUAGACGAAUCCAUUCAUAAUGUCUAUGAUGUUCUGGAAGACGGUGAUUGGAAUAUAAAUAGGUUGAUGGAGAUUUUACCUGAAGAGUAUGCACUUCGUAUUGUGGAGAAAAUUAUACCUCCAGUUCUGGAGGAUGUCAUUGAUGUACCUUAUUGGAUGCUAGAAGCUCGUGGCCAUUUUUCUGUCAAAUCGGCUUGGGAAUAUAUUCGAAGGAGGGAUGAACCUAGAGUAGCUUACAAAAUGAUUUGGGUAAAAGGAUUGCCAUUUAAAAUAGCAUUCUUUAUGUGGAAGGUGUGGAAAGCUAAGCUACCUCUUGAUGAUUAUUUGCGAAGGCUAGGAUAUAUCAUGCCAUCAAAGUGCUGGUGCUGUGCACAACCUAAAGAAGAAUCACUGGUACAUAUGUUCUUCACAUCUAUUGUUGCUACUACAGUGUGGAAAUAUUUUCUAUCGAGGGGUGGUAUGGCUUUAAGUGGACUGUCCAUGCAUCAAGCUAUUACCAAGUGCUGGACUUCGCAAGUAAUCCCUCAACUUAAACCAAUCAUGCAAGCUUUUCCUUCUUGCAUUGUAUGGAAACUGUGGAAGAGAAGGAAUAGUUUAAAAUAUGGAGAUUCAGUAUCAAUAAGCAGUGUGAUAUAUCAGGUUUCCACUGCUUUGCAAUGCCUUGUUCAAACUAGAAAACCUGGUUUAAAGGUUCCUCACAAGUGGCAUGACCUCUUAUCUAUGAUGGAAAACUACACUCCAAGGCUGAAGUAUCAAAAAGUGAUAUGGGAACAACAAAUAGAGGGUUGGCUUAAGGUAAAUACUGAUGGUGCAUCGAAAGGAAAUCCUGGGAGAAGUGCAAUUGGGUUCUGUGUGAGAGAUGAAGAAGGGGAGAUCAUAUAUGCAGUGGGUAGGGAGAUAGCUGAAGGCACAAACACAUAA